GUCAACAGGAAGCUGGAGGGGCAGGUGUGCAUCCCAUCAUGCCUCAGUCUGCUCCCACACUGCAGUCGUUACACACAGCCUCCUUGCAGGCUGGACUACAGUGCAGAAACAGCUUUGAACCCUGGCAACAUGCAGAGCUGCCAGCUUUCUGAACCACUGGAAGAGAAAAGACCUGAGAAGGGAGCUGAAGAACAGGCGCUGGAAGAAAAAGAGAAGGAGUUCCUCAGAAUAGCAAUUGCUCUGAGUCUCCAAGAUUUAAACCACACCAAAACUGAGCCCCACGUAGACGAGGACUCCACAAAUACCAGCACGGUGGAGUCCGAGGAGAGUGGUGCAGAGAUUGGAGAGCUCUCCAGCUCCUAUCGGCUUAUCGGUCUGGUCAGCCACCUGGGAAGCCGGGUGUCAACUGGUCAUUACAUCAGCGAUGUAUAUGACUUCCUGGCUGACAAGUGGCUGACCUACAAUGACGAGAAGGUCUCGGAGACUGAUGAGUCGGCUGUGCAGGACGAGCGGAAGUGUACCGGAUACAUCUUCUUCUAUAUGCACAAGAAAGUAUACGAAGAUAUCCAAAGGGAGAGAGCAGGCUUGUGCUUGCAGCCUGAUUGUUCCCCAUGGAGAUGAUAGUAAUUGGAGAGCUCUCCAGCUCCUAUCGGCUUAUCGGUCUGGUCAGCCACCUGGGAAGCCGGGUGUCAACUGGUCAUUACAUCAGCGAUGUAUAUGACUUCCUGGCUGACAAGUGGCUGACCUACAAUGACGAGAAGGUCUCGGAGACUGAUGAGUCGGCUGUGCAGGACGAGCGGAAGUGUACCGGAUACAUCUUCUUCUAUAUGCACAAGAAAGUAUACGAGGAUAUCCGAAGGGAGAGAGCAGGCUUGUGCUUGCAGCCUGAUUGUUCCCCAUGGAGAUGAUAGUACAAUGGCACAGGGGCAGGAAGCACAUGUGGAGGAGGGGAAAGCAACCCCCUGUGUGCUGAGCGAGUGCUGAAGGAUGUGAGGACGACUGUGUCAGGAAUCUCAGCAGUAGGAGUGCAGGAAGACUUCCAGCACCCACGCUUGCUUCGAGAUCCGACGCAGUGUGGUGCGUAUGCACAGUCUUUAGCAUUAGUUCUGGAGGGCAUCAGAACUUAUACUUGUAUUAGUUUAUUGAAUUUGUUAAUUUUGUGAAUUGUUAAUCACACAUUCUGUGAAUCCAGCUCAGGGUGUCCUUCUUUUUUGAAGUACUGACCCCUGAUUUAUCUGAUCCCUGGUUGAGCUAUUGAAGGACACAGUACAUUUUUGAAAUCCCUGCCUAAAUGUUGUUAAACUGUGAGGGAAAAUAAUUCUUAAAAGCAUAACUUCACAGAUAUAUAAACUAGGUUGUUUGUUUUUCCUAUUGAUUUAUCUGCCUUAGUUUAAAGCACACCAUUUCUUAAACCCAAGCUGUAAAAUAAUGUGUGGAUCAUAUCUACAAGCCUGCCCUACAUGUCAUUAUUUUUGACACCUGUUCCUUUUGCUGUGAAUUCAGAAAUCCACCCUGUAGGGUACCGAGUGAUCUUUGUGGUGCUGUAGGGUACCGAGUGAUCUUUGUGGUGCUGUAAGAACAUAAGAAAGUUUACAAACGAGAGGAGGCCAUUCGGCC